AUGCUGCAGACGAAGGAGCUCAACGUCUGGGACCCGUUGAAGUACCUUGAAGAGGAGCCGAGCCCGGUUUGCCUGGAAAGGCUGAAGAGGGGCAUCUUCGACUUCGUCGCGAAGCCACCGCCGAGGCUAUUCAUCGUGCCCGAGGAAAGUGACAUCACCCGGAUCCACGUACUAAUGCUGGGCGCGCCGGGUUCCCCGUACGAAGGUGGCGCCUUCCAGUUUUUCAUCAAGUGCCCGCCGGACUACCCGGUGAACCCGCCCCGAGUACGGUUCCUGACCACGGACGGGGGCCGAGUUCGAUUUCACGCGCAUCUCUGCACCACCGGCAUGGUGUGCCUCAGCACCCUGGGCACGGUGAACGCCGGACCAGGUUGGGACCCCGCCCAGUCGCUCUCUAGCACGCUCCUCUCCAUACAGGAGCUGUUGGGUCAGCGCCCGCUUGACGAGUUCGUACGGGAAGCGAGGGCAGGCGACGCCGCCAACUACGACAUCUUCAUCCAGCACGAGACGAUCCGGGUGGCCGUGUGCGACCAAGUCGACGCGGCUUUCAGGGAGGAUGCCCAGUGCCCGCCUGCUUUUCGGAAGGUCAUCCUCGAGUCGUUCCUCGAGUUAUACGCAAAGUACGAGAGAACUGUCAAGGCGCGGCUUCAUCAGACGGGCUGGCAGUUAUGGGACCCACUCGGUUACAAGUACACGACCGCGCAGUACGAAACGCUGCUGAUGCGACUGCGGAGCCUCAAGGACAAGGUGAAGGAGAAGGAGGAGGCCGAGACUGCUGCGGCUGCCUGUGUUGCAUCAGCAGCGGUCGUUUACCAGUAG